AUGCCACUCACCCCUCCUCAAUCUCACCCCGACCCGCUCCCGUCGUCAGGUCCAGCAGACGCCGACUUCUUCAAUCUCUUCAUGGACGAUGAGUUCAGCAAAUCUUUUGCUGGACCCACCGGCGGACCUGCUCCCUCCAUCCCUCCUCCCUCCGAGGCACUCUCGGCGCCCUCGCCAUUCGACUUCAUGUCUGGCCUCAACACCAUGUCCGUCUUCAAUUCCCACGCUUCCAACCCAUCAUCUACCUCGUCCCCCGGGUCCAGUGGCGUCGGCCCCUCCCCGCCGCUCGCCAUCGACCCCCAGCUCGUCGGCACUCCCGCCAGCAUGGACUUCGGCUCCCACAGCGAGGACGAGGACCCGUGUGCACUCGGCGGUGGGCAGGACGAGGAUCUCGACGAUGUAGACGAGGAUGAGGAGGACGAUCAAGACAUUGAGCCAGAGCCGACACCUGCCAAACGCCCCAAGGGUUCCCGCAAGGGCACUGUGGUGUCCGGAGGCGUCGUUAAGAAGUCGGCUUCUUCGCCGCUAGGCGAUAGGCCGACGAAGAAAGAGGCACAGUCACUGCGGAUUCUCGAGCCCGAGGACUGGCGGCCGAGCCCCGAGGAGUACAAGAAGAUGAGCAGCAAGGAGAAGCGUCAGCUGAGGAACAAGAUCAGUGCACGUAAUUUCCGUGUGCGGCGAAAGGAGUAUAUCACGACCCUCGAAGGCGAUAUCGCGGAUCGCGAUCGUGUCAUUGACGCCAUCCGCACCGAGCUAGGCUCGUCCCAAUCAGAAAACACCGCCCUCCGGCAGGAGAUUGACGCUCUCAAGAGAUGCCUCCUCGAUUCUCGUGGGACCGUCCCCGAGCUUCCUCCUCCGGCUCCUCUGCCCGAGAUCUCAGCAGGCAUGGCGCACAAGGAGAAGGAGAAAGAGAAGGAGCGAAGCUCCUCCACCCCGAGCUCGCCGCUCAUCGUGCCCAACACCCGCAAGGACCUCCCCACGUCGCCCCGUCUCGGCGGCCGCGCCUUCUGGGGUGGCCUCAACUCCCUCGGCGGUGGCGCAACCCCCGUGCACACCACCCUUGUCCCUCCUUUCAGCGUCUCGUCGGCCGUCCUGGCCGGCAAGCACUCCCCCUCGCUGCCUUCUUCUGCUCCCAUCGUCAUCAAGGAGAGCGAGAACAUCAACCCGGGGCUCAACCCGCUUUCGCAGCAAAAAGUCAACGUCGUCGAGAAGAAGGGUCUCGCGUCGGGUGCACCACUGGCUGGCGCAGGUGCAGGCGUAGCCAACAACGGCGCGGGCUUCGAUAGCUUCGCGGAGAUGAACCCGUUCACGCUCAAGACGCUCGAUGCGUACCGCAUGCAUCUGUGGGGCAAGAUGGCCGCGCAGGCGCACCACAACCACCAGCUCCAGCAGCAGCAGCAGGGACAGCAGGCCGCAAACGGUGCCUCGGGCGCACCAAGCCCAUUCUCGGGCCACGUGUCCAACAUGCGUCCGCACUUCUUCUCAUCGACACCUUCGUCCGUUCUCUCGGGCAAGGCCGCUGCGUCAGCGUACCCCUCACCCCCCUCGACGCCCAAGCUCGCGCCCUCGGCUGCCACCAUCCCAGGCCAGACGUCGGGGCUCACGCCCAAGGAGGCGCAGAUCGCCGCGCUCGCGGGGCAGACGCUGCUGAGCAAGCUCGGCAGCGCGUUCUGGGAGGCAUUCUCGGGCUCCUCGCCCGCUGGUGUGGGCGCAGCCAAGCCCGCAAGGGACCUCGAUGCGGAGAAGGUGCGCAAGGUGCUCGAGGGACGGGCGGUUGUCAAGGUCGUGGACGUCGAGCCUACGCCAAACAAGCCCGCACCUACACCGAAGACCGCGGUCCCGCAGAAGGAAAAGGAAUGCAGCAGCGCGGCGUUGCUCGAGGAGAGCAUGCGGUGUCUCAGUAUCGGGAAGCGCAACUAG